AUGGCGCAUAAGAUUUCUCGCCACUCCAAACUCUUUACGAAGUUCUACAAGGCCUGGGUGCAGGCUAAGAUGCUCAAACCACGCAUCACUAUGAACGUACCACAAAGGUUCGACUGGGAUUCGGCGUCCUACCCAAUAUACCUGACAGAGAGAGUACCAGCAAGGAUUGUGGAUUGCCUCGAGCGGGCAUGUUCAAUGGGGACGUUGAAUUUCUUGCAAAUUUUAGCGGAUAAGGGCAUAACACGACUUGACGGCCGCGGAAGUGACCCUCAGGAGCUAAGUAGUAGAUCAACCUAG